AUGUUUCGCUCUGCACUGGACACGUCCAUCAUCUCGACCGCCAUCCCCAGGAUUACAUAUCAAUUCGGCACAGUCAAGGACGUGGGCUGGUACGGAUCGGCCUACCCUAUCACAAAUGCCGCUUUUCAAUCAACGUUGGGCAAACCUUACAAGGACUUCCCGUUCAAAUGGACCAUCUUGCUCACCGUGUCCAUUUUCGAGCUGGGCAAUGUGAUAUGUGCUGUGGCUCACAGCAGCUCAGUCUUGAUCUUGGGCAAGGUCAUUGCUGGAAUGGGCGGUGCAGGAGCCAUGACGGGAGCAUUCAUCAUUAUCGCCUUCAGUGCCAAACCACAGUAUAGAUGA